AAUACCAAAUUUAAAAGCCUUCUUAUCCUCCGUCAACGCUUAAUUCAAGUAAUUGAAAUCAGAAACAGACACGUAUGUAUUUAAGAUGCGUUUUAUCUUUGGAUUUCUUUAUAUAUUUUUACUUAUGAAGAGGCAUAAUGCAACCGCUUCAUAUCUAUCGUACAAGAAAGACGUCACUUCGAAGUCAAUGUACGGUGACACUUACCCAGCAAAGGCAGCUACGGAUGGAGACGAUUAUUCCGUGAUGAGUUCAUCUUGUUUUCACUCAGCGUUGAGUGCUAAUGAAUGGCUUACCAUUGAUUUGGAGAAGGAGUACAACAUCACCAGAGUCACGAUUAUAAAUCGAGUUCAGCCAGAAAAUUAUCGGGAAGACUUCCGGUGUGGACCCGGUUUUCUUGCCCCUAAUGGCGAAGUGGCAAUUUGUCCAUGCUCGUGUUGUUCGCCGUUUAAUUAUUGUGGGUUUAGUGAUGCUCACUGUGCAUGUAGAGAUUGCGUAGAUUACAGGGAUCAACAAUGUUCAACGACAACGGGAUCACAAUUUGUACCUCCAGCAUCCUCUAGCAAUUUAGUAGGAACUGAAGUUAGAAUUGGUAAUGAUGAUGCGACUUUGGACACUGGAACAAAAUGUGGAAUGUCUGUUUCUACAGAACAAGUAGAAACAAGCGCAAUUGUUGAUCUGUCUUGCGAUGAGCCGAUUUCUGGGCGAUAUUUGAUGCUGUGGCAUCCGGAACACACAAAAUAUUUGAGCAUAUGUGAGAUCCGCGUAUACAAUGAAGAUGAACCGGAGAUAAGUGAGUGCAGUCGCAGCCAAUCAUAUAGCGACUACCGAGGUCUUGUGUCAAUCACAGAGAAUGGUAAUGUGUGUCAAAAGUGGACAUCACAAUCACCUCAUACUCACAGCUAUGCGCCUUCCAACGCCGACGACAACGGUAUAGGGGAUCACAAUCUGUGCCGAAACACAGGCAGUGGAGACCGACCAUGGUGUUACACCACUGAUCCAGACACUCGCUGGGAAUAUUGUGAUGUUCCAGAUGUAGGAACGUCAUGCCCACUUGCUACAGAUACGAAAGUUGGUGAUCUGGGUGCUGUCAAGAUUGUUGAACUUAGUGGGAACAGUUUGACUUCAUGGCGUGCUUCUAAUGUUUUGAAUACUAUGAGUAUGAUUUCUACCAGCACAUUUAGCAUUGACAAUAUACAGCCCGUUCACUCACUCGUUUCGCUCAGCAGUUUUAAUAACGAAGUAAAUGCUGCAACAAUAGCAAUGUAUAUUUAUCCAAAUGAACAUUCUUCCGGCGAAAUAUUGAGCAUAGGUAAUAGUAACGCAUGUGUUAGAAUUGAACAAACCUAUUCAAAUGACAACUUGUACCAUUCAGAAGUCACGGUCUUCUACGGUGAUCAACAGCUAACACGAGCCCAUGUGCUUUUGCCCGAGGUUUGGACAUUCUUGGCUAUUACAAUUGAUGGCUUGAGUAAGAACAUCAAACUUUGGAGAAAUGGAGAGAUUGCCAGUAUAGGUUUUACUGAUUUUCACAGAUUUUUUGCCUCAUCCUUCGAUUAUUUUAAACUUGGAAGCUCUAAUGAUGACUUAUUUGCAAAAGUGGCCAUGUUACAAGUGUACGAUCAUGUAUUAAACGAAGCAGAAAUUAAAGCAAUAAGAGAUAUACCUUUUGCCGAAACUUGGAUAUAUGAUGGAUACGCCAAAUUCACCAAACUGAGACCAUCAUCCAGACUUACGGGAUUGCAACUAUAUGAAGGCACCGAAUUGUUGACUGUCUGCUCUCGGAUGUGUUUACAACGAGCGUGUUGCAAGGCGUUCAAGUUUACAAGUGGAAGUAACUCAUGUAUUCUAAUAUCGACAUUCGAAAUAACAGACAGUUUGUUAGAAGAAUCAGAUGUUGAAUAUUACAAGAAAGAUUAUCAAUCAUAUCCAAUUUUGAAACAAUGCUAAAAAAAAAACUUCAUAACAAUCAAAACACAGUGGCAGAUUAUUGUCCUUUGAAACCGGUGGGUUUGAAGCACAUACCUUGAAUUUAAAUAGUGCUAUGGCGACGAGCCAUUAGGCCUAUACAUAUUAUACGAUUUUCAGCAUUGCCUUUCUCUUUUCUUGCGAAGCCACAUUUGCCGCAUUUAUCCACAAUAUUAUUUAAGCACAUUCAAAUAUAUACCAAUGUAUGAACAUAAAAAAAUUGCUUUUCAAAUUAUUGAAUCUGUAAUCGAUCUCAGUUUUCGUUCUUAUUUUCAUUUCCUUCUUAAUUCAAUUCACAUCUUUAUACUUCCUUUAUAACAAAACUUGUAAUUUCUUAACAAUUUAAUUUCAGACAAAGCCGUAUUUACGUCUGUUGUAUCAAGAAUGACAAAACAUAACAUAUAUUUCAUGUAGUUUUAUACAUAAGAUAUAUAUUUAUUGCACUAGAUGUAUUAUUUUCAGCAUGUGAAAACAGUUAACUUACACAAAUUGUCUAUUCAUAGACCCAGAAAAUUUAUGAUUCCUAAACACUGUGAAUAACUCCUCGUCUUGUA